AUGGCAUCCAAGCCUACCAUCGCGAUCAUCGGAAGUGGCUGGGGCGGCUUCACGAUCUCGCACGCGCUAUCGCUCGCGAAGUACAAUGUUACAGUCAUAUCACCCUCGCGAACCAUACAAUACACACCUUUACUCGCCUCCGCGGCAGCGGGCAUGUUCAAUUUCCGCUUGGCGGAAGAGCCGGUACGGCGUCGCAACAAGCUUCCCGGCCUCUCCUAUUACAAUGCCCGUGUCGAAGACAUCGACUUCUCCUCUCGAACACUUCAGUGCAAAGCGACUCAUUCCGACAUGACCGAAGAACAUUUGAAAGAUGUAGAUUCCUUCAAGCUCAAAUACGAUAAGCUCGUCAUCGCGCCAGGAUGCGAUGUGCAGACAUUCGGCACUCCGGGAGCGCUGGAACACGCAAUAUUCCUCAGGACGACAGAUGACGCCCGGAAAAUCCAGAAGCGUAUACUGGAUAUGGUGGAUGCGGCGUCGAUUCCUGGCUUGACAGAUACGCAGCAACGUGACAUGCUGCGCAUCUUGAUUGUGGGCGGCGGCGCCAUUGGCAUUGAAGCGACGGCCGAGUUGUUCGAUCUCUGGGACCACGAGCUGCGACAUGUGUAUCCGCACUUGGACGGCAAAGUUACCAUGGAGAUCCACGAUGUUGCACCUGCUCUGUUAGGUACGUUCGACAAAAGGCUUGGGGAGUACGCAGCGCGGAAGCUCGAAGGGCGAGGUGUGCAAAUCAAAACGAGCAGCCAUAUCGAGAAGGUUGACGCUGGUGCCAUCUGGACGAAGGAGAUCGGCGAAUUGCGUUACGGGAUGCUGAUCUGGGCAACCGGUAACGGGACCAAUCCACUUGUCGAGAAGCUGGACGUCAAGAAGGACGGCAAGCUCCAGCGCAUCGUGACCGACAAACGACUCCGAGUGUUCGAUACGAAUGAUCAGCUCAUUGAAGACGUCUACGCUCUGGGCGAUUCCGCUGACAUUGAGGGAUACACGCUUCCUACUUUGGCUGAAGUGGCGUUGCAGAAGGCUCAGUACCUUGCAAAAGAAUUAAAUGAGGCCGAGGAACCAGCGAAGGCAUUCGAAUACAAUCAACGAGCCAACAUUGCCUAUCUAGGUCAGCAUGAUGGUGUUAUUGGUGGUAAGGAGCAGUGGACGGGGCAGUCGGCGUGGUUGGCGUGGAGGAGCGGUAGUAUCUACCACUGGCCACGAAGUUGGAGGAGGACAAUUAUGAUUGGUGUCAGUUGGUUUUUCAAUAAAAUUGGGGGAAGAGAUAUUGCUAGAAAGUGGUGA